GCUAUCUUUCUUACCUGUUUUGUAUUUUCUCGGAAAGAAUCUGCUCAUCAACCACUUGUGCAGAUUUUGUUGUAUGUUGAAGCUACUUUUACAGUUUUCCCCCUAUUGCAUUAUAGCAUAGCGUUUUCUUCAAAUGGUUGACGAGGAGAAACCUUUUCCAUGCACCAGUCCUGGUUGCUCGAUGAGGUUCGCGAAUGAAGAUCACUUGAGCAUACACAAGAGAAGACACAUGUCUUUAUCCAUUGAAUCAAGCAAUGGCUCAAAAACUUCUAACUUUGUGGCUGAUGAAACCCCAACACCAACAAGAUUCAUCCGGAAUUGUGAGGAAGUAGGGCUUUUUCAAGAUUUGAAUGUUAAUCCAUUUGAUGAGCAAUUUAGAAGAGCAGCUGAGGUCACUACCCACCUAAGCCCUCCUACGCUCCCCACAACUGAUGAUGUUCUCCACACACCUCAUGUCUUUCCUGUGCUUCCAACAGAAUCAGAAGGAGUUACACAGUUACCACCACCAAAAUCAGCCAAUGUUAAAAAAAAUUAUCUUAUGCCAUCGCUUUCCACAUCAGAGUGCCUGACUCUCCCAUCUCCAACAACGACCCCCGUACCUGCUCCAUUAAUUACUAUAACUCCCCCCACAUCUGAGAGAUUUGCUGAAAAAAGAGCAGAUAAGACGUUGUCCUCAUCGUCUGAUUACGACAAAACGAUUUCCACCCCUUUAACUAGCUGUAGCCCAAGAAAAGAUAGAGCCAAGAAAAGUAACAUCUGCCCAAACAAUGGCAGUAAAACAGCAACGAACCCUAACGUGAAUAUAAUGCCUCGUCCAGUUCUUCAGUCAUCAGCUGCCGUUACUGAUCCAAUGACAGCGCUUCUUCUUCGUCUUCCCGAUGGACGGUUAGUCCAGAUUCCGGCAAUACCUGUACCUACCGAAACAGACACUUCUAACUUAGGGGUGUCCGUUGCAGCAUCUCCGGUUGGCAUGGAAAACGGGGCUAACAAAAUCCGUCCGACAAGACCGAUUAUGUCGGAAACGAAACUGAAAUUGAAACAAGCGUUAACAAAGACAAGGACUCCCAUUCAGCCGUUAAAUGGCACUUCCACUUGUGGUACCAGUGACGCAAGUGGCACUGAUACAGAGCUACUACCUAACUCGGAUACGGUUAUGGAGGCUGUUGAUUCUACACAGAGAAAAAAUAGACGCCGUAGUUAUAAUUCAGCAUCUGAUCAGGACUUAGAUGAAGAGGAAAGCGAAAAACGUAGGCGUUUCUUGGAACGGAAUCGGGCUGCUGCUUUCCGCUCUCGACAAAAAAGAAAAAGAUGGGUAACAAAUCUGGAAGCCAAAACAACUGUUAUGAACACGGCCAAUCGAUUACUUCAGAAUGAAGUUAUGUCUUUACGAAGUGAAGUAGCCCAGCUAAAACUACAACUUUUAGCUCACAAAGAUUGCCCUGUCACCCUUGCAAUGUGUCAGCAGCAGCAUGCUACCAUGAACAAUAGUACUGAUGGUUUGGCCCCUGGAAGCAAACCAAAUGGUGUAACCGCCCCAACAUCCGCGAAUUUUAAUUCAACUGUUUCGAAUAUAUCAACCUCGCGUCAAAUAAUCAUACUCAACUCUUCAAAUCAGAAUCCAACACCUUUGCCUAUUUUAACAAGGAGUAAACCUACACAUCCUUCACUCAUUAUGGUUCCUCAAGUGGAAACUGGUAUGGCAUUGAAUAAUCAAAGUGUUACAAUUGUACCUCAUCCUGCAGAUUCUGGACAACAGACCUCUGUUAUCAUGUCAAUUAAAGAUGUUUGAAAUUGAAACAUCCAGGUUUCAAUAGAUAUUUGUGAAUUUUUCUUCAAAGUGCCCUUUUUGAUUGCCUUCAUACAGCAAAUUCAACUACUCAGACUGUUAAUGUUCAGUUAAAAUGUACAAUUAAAAGCCUGUUUCCUUUUUUUA